CGCGCGCGCGCUCUAUGGCCGGCGGAGAGGCGAGUGCCCCGCUCUGCCUUGUGUCGCCUUGUCUAUGGUCCCCGCGGGGCCGGCCGCGUCCCCCUUCGUGCCCUUUGCCUCGCGCGCGGAGGAGGAGGAGGAGGAGCCAGGCCAGGGCUCUCGCGCCUUCCUUCCCCUCAGCAGCAGAGGGUGAAGAGGAGGAGGAGGAGGGGAAGGAGCAACGUCGGCGUGGUGGUGGUAUCCCCCUGGCCUGCCUCCCCUUCUUUCUCCGGCCCUCGCCCGCCCCGGCCCAUGGCUCCAUGAAGCGCCGGGCAGGAGAGCGGGCGGCGGGGGGGAGGCCAGAGCAGGAGCGGCGGCGGAGGCGCUGGGGGCGGCGGAGGUGGCUGGGCUGACGGAGCGGCAGGCCAGGCCAGGCCAGGCCGGUGGUGGUGGAGGAGGAGGAGGAGAAGACUGGAACAGGAAUGGGCCGUGAGAAAAGAAAAUUCAUUCCAGAUAUAAAAUAGCCUCCCCAUCCACACCUUGACAAUUCAAGGUUACUCCUAUCAGCUAGAGAAAUGUGCAGAUUCUCUCCAGAGGGACCAGAAGAAGAAGAAGCAACUGCUGAUGUCAAGGGAGAUUGGCUGGGGUGAGCUGGUUUGCCAUUAGACGACACUUCCUCUUCAGAGGAGCACACAGAGAGCAACUGGGUUCUACAGUGCUCCAGACAGCAAGCGCUGAAUCAGGAUGGGAAAAAGACGCUGUGUUCCUCCACUUGAGCCCAAGUUGGCAGCAGGCUGUUGUGGUGUAAAGAAACCCAAAUUGUCUGGAAGUGGAACACAUAACCAUGGGAAUCAAGCCACAACCGUGCCAGUUUCUAGUUCAGGUCCUCUUCAGAACCACCAGCAUGCAGAUGGGGGCAAUGGAAGGGAGAAUGUAUCAGAUUUGACUUUGUGCCCUGGAAACUCCCCAAUUACUCGAAUGAAUCCCACUUCAGGAGCAUUGAGCCCACUUGCUCGUCCUAAUGGAACUGCCAACAGCACCAAAAAUCUAGUGGUGACAGCUGAGAUGUGCUGCUACUGCUUUGAUGUACUCUACUGUCAUCUUUAUGGUUUCCCUCAGCCACGACUUCCUCGAUUUACCAAUGACCCUUAUCCACUCUUUGUGACAUGGAAGACAGGGCGAGACAAGAGACUUCGGGGCUGCAUUGGAACUUUCUCUGCCAUGAACCUUCACUCAGGACUCAGGGAAUACACAUUAACCAGUGCACUUAAGGACAGCAGAUUUCCACCCCUGACCCGUGAGGAGUUGCCUAAACUUUUCUGUUCUGUCUCCCUUCUCACUAAUUUUGAGGAUGCCUCUGACUACUUGGACUGGGAGGUGGGAAUCCAUGGAAUCAGAAUCGAGUUCAUCAAUGAGAAAGGUGUCAAACGCACAGCAACAUAUUUACCUGAAGUUGCUAAGGAACAAGAUUGGGAUCAGAUUCAAACAAUAGACUCCUUGCUCAGGAAAGGUGGUUUUAAGGCUCCAAUUACCAAUGACUUUAGGAAAACUAUUAAACUCACCAGAUAUCGCAGUGAGAAGGUGACAAUCAGUUAUGCAGAAUACAUGGCUUCUCGUCAGCAUUGUUUCCAGAAUGGCACUCUCCAUGCCCCACCUCUCUACAAUCAUUACUCCUGACACAAGACUGCAUGACCAGUCCCGUCCCCCAGCUGCCACUAACAGCUAUGACAUCAUUGGGGCAGAUGCUUCCUCUUCCUGGUCCAGUUACUUCUAUUACUGCACCAUUUUAUGAUGCUAGCUUCCGUUGCCGAGUCUGCCUUCCAGCUGACUGAGGGGUGGGGGCUACCAGUUGAGUGCGACUGAACAUCAGGGCCGAAGCCUUAUCUCAUCCUUCCUUCAGAAAGGGGAUUGAAGCUCCAGGGUGAACAGUUGCAGUUGGGUAGAGAGAACUUGAGGAAUGGCAGUACCACUUCAGAUGGCUCUAUCUCUCUUAAAUUGCACCGUGUUCAUUUGAAUGGCUAAUUACGAUAGCCCCCUUGAUCAAAUAGGAGAGUUCUCCUGGCAGUCUGGGCAACGGAGUCCAACAAAUCUUUUUAGGUUAUUUUAAUUUUUUUUAACCUCUGAUAUUUAUCUACCUGAUUUGUGACCUGAUUUGUCCUAACACACCCCAGGCAAGCAGAUGAUAUGACUUUUUGCAAGGAUAAUAUGCCUACAGAGAUCCCUUCUCUUCUUCCUCCUCACAUAAGAUGGCAGUCAUUCAGAGAUUUGAAACUGAAAACAAAAUUGUUCUGCAGAUAAAACCAUUGCUUGCAUAUAUCCAGGAAUUUCAGUUCUUACAUCUAGCAACAGAAGGAGAAUAAUACAUUCAUAAUAGAGAAGUACUAUGGGUUGUGUAUAGAUGUAGAUUAGGUUUCCUUAUCUCCUGAAAGUAUAAUUUCCCUCUUCUUUGCCGUUCUUCUGGGUGUCUAACUUCAAGCAGCAGAGUCUGCAUUGGAUUGGAACAAAUCUUUCUCAGAAAGCCAUCUUUAUAGUAAUAAAAAGGGUAUAAAAUUGUUUAUAGGAAAUACUCUAUGCAGUUUCCACAACAAUUUUUUUCCAGCUUGACCCUAAUAUCCAGGUAAUGAAACACACACUAAGUGUUAGCCUUUAUGUGGUUACCUAAUAUAGGCAUCACUGUGGCAUUGGUGCUUCAGCCACCCUCAAUAUAUAUAAUUGGAUGUAAGUUAAAUUAUUGAAAUUGCUUCACAAUAAGUGUACUUAGACUUCAAACAUAUGGGAUGUUUUUACCCACACAAAAAGGUUGAGUCCUGUUUGACUCCUGUGGAUUUUAAAAAAAUCUUUUCCUAUUGUUACUGAAUAAUACGUAGCAACCUUUUUUUCAUUUUUCCAUCCUAUUUCACCCGUGUGAGUCAUGCAGUAAUAUUAUGAAAGCAAGCAUUAUGCUCCUUAGGUGAAUCCACAGGAAUUGUAAGAUAGCAGCGCAUGAGUUCUGAAAAUUGGGGUAAGCAGCUUGAUAGGCAGAAAAAAAUGACAAUAAAAAAUCCCAUUGAAGAGCACAGUGUAAUGAGAGUGUGAUAGCAAUGUGUGAAACCACAAUGACUUUCAUAGGUGGCUCAGGAAAAGACAGAAAUUAUCUGGGAAUUUUCUCUACUCAAAGAUGUAAAUUUCCCUAUCUUUAGGAUGAAUAAAUAUUGCCCUAGUGGGAGGAAGCAGGAAAUUCCUUCUGUUUUGAAGCAAAGCCAGGAAGUCAACCAGAACAGAUGCUAUGUGAAGAGAGGCAUACUGCAUAAUUAGACAUGAAUUGCCCAUAUAUACUGGAAAGCAGUACUUGACAGUAUGUGACUUGGUUGCACUAGGACAGGCUGCUGGCUGGAAGAGGGCAAAUGUCUUACCUUCUUUGCAACAGGAUUAUUCGGUGUCUAGGAUGUCUUCAGAUUCCAUAUUUUUCUACCACUCCUAUUUCUUGUCUUGUCUCCAAAGAAAUCAUAACCUUUACAGUUUUGCUUGUCAAUGAACACACGUCUAGAUUGGUGGCGAGAGCCAGGGAGAGGAGCUCAUGUUCCAGAUAACCGCAGCACCACCUAAAUGUUUGGUUUUGUACUGGAUUGCUCAUAUAGAUUGUUUUCCCUUCAUGAUGAUGAUGAAACGUGUUUGGAUGUGAAGGGACUGUUCCAUGUUUCCUGCUACUGAUAAUAAAUAAGCCUUCUUACACAUUAGAGUGAUUUGUAGUUACUGUUCCAGGUGCCCUGGUCGUAUGGAAGAUUGUAGAAGGAAGAAGAGUUCAGCUCUGGUCAUGCCAUCCAUCUCUGCUCUCAGUACUGAAACAUAGGGCUACACUAAUUACUAUUCAAGUGUUCUAUGUUAGAAUUUAAAUUGUUAAGAUUUUUAAAGCAAAAAGGAAAAAAAUGGUGCUAAACUUUCACCCCUGAGCACAUUCGGUGAGACUGGUCAUGCAGGCAUACAGUGCCGGGCUAUUCAAUCUUGCUUUUUUUUAAAAAAAAAUGUUUGCCCUGUUAUGUGUCUCCAGCAGUGUAUAGUGUUAAGUAUUUGAUUUCAUUUAAGUGUGGGGAGGGAGGGGGAGUUUAGGAACCAGGUGGGGGCCUUAAUUGCCAUUUUAAAGAACAGACUUUUAGGAAUGACAUGACCUACUUGGUUUCAUAAUAUCUUUGCACUGAAAUAAGUUAAAUUGGUUUUGGAGUGAGAAGUGGUCUCAUUCCCUGUUCGUUUCCAUCAAACUGUAUAUGGAAAUGCCUCCUUUGAAAAUUGUGGUGUUUUCUUGUAGUAAGCAGAACAACAAGCAGGCCAUGGAACCCAAAUAGAUCUCUGAGAAAUGGGUACAUUCAGCUUUGGAUGUUUGGGUAUAUUAUAAUGAAAUAAGUGCUUUUGUUGUGUUAUUCCUGCAAAGUGAAUGGGGAAUGAGGGACAUGGUUCUCAGAAGGACAGCUUAUGUCUCAUGAAUAACAGCAGUACAUUGAGAUGAGUCCAAAUUAAUAAGCAGCAGAAAGAUGCAGAGACCAACAAAAUGGCCAAAAGAGAACCAUCUAGGAUAUGUCCACAAUACACAGUUAAAGCAGCUUGAUUCCACUUCUAUUGCCAUGGCUCUAUUGCAUGAAAUCCCGGGAUUUGUAGUUUGGUAAAGUGUUCCAGACAGAGUUCUCAGUGUUGUAGUUCAGGGGAGGACUAGAGCUCUCUAGUAGAGAAUUGUGAGUCCCUUAUCAAACUGCAUAUCCCAGAAUCCUACCGGAUGGAACCAUGGCAGUUAAAGUAAUAUCAAAGUGCUAUAACUGUGCAGUAUUACUACUUUAUUCUGGAAGCCUAAUCAGUUGUAAUUUUCACCUGAUUAGUUUGAUCGUCUAAGGACCUUAGCAAUAGCCUUCUGGUCUGACUGGGAAUUGGCUCAUCCUUAGCUACAAGCAAGUGCCUUUUGGUCUAAGAUGGAGUCAUUUCAAAACACUCAUUGUUGUGAAUUUUCCUUGCUGCCGCCAUGUAUCUUUUAAGCUAUUUUUAAAAUUCCUCACCCCAUCUCCAUAUUACAGCAGAGAAUGUCAUUGAUUGGUGAAGGUUCAGUGUUUUGAAUAUUUCCUUUCUGAAGUUUUACUUUCUCAUAAUGAACAGCUAACUUUAACAGAGAUCGUUCAGACAGAAAGAUGUUAUGGCCUGACUAUAUCUGAUUAUUUUGUGGACAAAGUACAGUAGUGUGUGAUUCCCCCCCCCCCCAUUUUUGCACAUAACUUAUUUUUCCUGAUUCAUUCUCACCAUUGCAGUCUUCACUGACAAAAUGCCAUUUCCUGCUUAUUUUCCAACGCCAACAUCAUUAACAUUUUGAUUAGUUUAUUUUUUCUUUGAAAGCAAGGAACUUCUUAUCCACCAGUGCAGAGAUAUCAGACCAUUCUUUGUUAUUACACUUGGUUGCCUCCUAGCUAUAUAACCUUUGAGUGUAAAUCAUUGAACUUUACCCUCUAAUGAAGUAUUGUAGAAAAUAAAUUGUAAUGGAUACAA